GAGGAAAUGGGAGUCACAGGAAGGACCUGUAGCGUUUUCUGGCUCACUUCUUCUCUUCCUGUGAGGAAAAAUGGCAUGAGGUUUGGAACAACAUUGGCCAAAAAGAAGGAGUUUCAAGAGAAGGGCAAGUCCCAACGGCAACGCUCUUUCACACUGAGGGUUUCAAAAUCAAUUCUUGCUCGCACUGCCAUUGGAGUGUUUGGAUUGGGGUUCAUUGAUGCCGGGUACAGUGGAGACUGGUCAAGGAUUGGAGUGAUAACCCCGCAGAGUGAGGAAUUGCUAAAGCUUGCAGCUUUUCUAGUGGUUCCCUUUUGCAUCUUUCUCAUUUUUUCUCUGCCCAACGACUCAAAUUCAUGAACUUUUCAACUGGGACAUGUACACAAUUGUGAAUUUGGAUGUGAAUGAUUAUAUGUCGUAAAUUGUUAACUGAUUAUUCCUUUAAACGCUCCUUGGUUUACUCUGUCCAACAAUAUUUGUAAGGUGGAAACAUGGACUUAUAAACUACAUUCG